UGCUCUGCCCUCCCCUAACAAACAGGUGUCCAGGAGUUAGGACAUCUGCCUCUCAUCCCCUCCCCUGGGCCUCCAGAGAUAUGAGAUGCACACAGGGCUCUGGGUGGGGCCUUCAGACUCCCUACUUCCCCCUUCCAGGCACAGAUCCUCUCAAAUUCCCGGAUGGGCUCCAGCCAGGAAGGGUGGGGCUGCUCCUGGGACCAUCAAGAGUCCCUAGCUGCCCAGGCAAGUGACAGAACUGUGGCGGAAGCUGACUUUCACCCAUCUCUGAGCCACCAGCUGACUCAAAUGUGCCAUGUCCAGGCACCUGGUCCUCCCACUUGUGAUGCUCGCCCUCAGUCCCAUCCCAGGAGACUUCCAGGACUCAGCUCUCAUUCCAAUCCAAGAAGUACCUGAAGAUCUGGACUGCGGACAGCCCGGGCCCUCUACCCGGAUCAUGGGUGGCUCAGACGCGCAGCCCGGCACCUGGCCGUGGCAAGUGAGUCUGCAUUACAGGGGGAGCCACAUAUGCGGGGGCUCCCUCAUCGCCCCCUCCUGGGUCCUCUCGGCUGCACACUGCUUCGUAGAGAACGGGACCAUGGAGCCCUCGGCCGAGUGGUCGGUGCUGCUGGGCCUGCAUUCCCGGAACGGGCCCCUGGAGCGCGUGCAAGUCCGCGCGGUGGCGGCCAUCCUGGUGCCGGACAACUACAGCGACGUGGUGCUGGGCGCCGACCUGGCCCUGGUGCGCCUGGCCUCGCCCGCCAGCCUGGGCCUCGCCGUGCGGCCCGUCUGCCUGCCCCGCGCUUCGCACAGAUUCGCUCACGGCAGGAGCUGCUGGGCCACCGGCUGGGGCUACGUGCAGGAGCAGGAUCCCCUGCCCCUCCCCUGGGUGCUACAGGAAGUGGAGCUAAAGCUGCUGGGAAAGGCCGCCUGUCAGUGUCUCUAUAGCCGGCCUGGCCCCUUCAACCUCACUUUCCAGCUAUUUCCAGGGAUGUUGUGUGCUGGCUACCCCAAGGGUCGCAAGGACACUUGCCAGGGAGACUCUGGGGGGCCCCUGGUCUGUAAGGAAGAUGGCCGAUGGUACCAGGCAGGAAUCACCAGCUUUGGCUUCGGCUGUGGACGGAGGAACCGACCUGGAAUCUUCACUGCGGUGGCUUCCUAUGAGGCAUGGAUCCGAGAACAGGUGAUGGGUUCAAAGCCUGGGCCUGCCUUUCCCAUCCAGUCCCCUGAGGCCCAGUCAGGCCCCCAGGAGCAUGAGGAUGAGAACUGCACCUUCGCCCUGCCAGAGUGUGGGAAGGCCCCACAGCCAGGGCUCUGGCCCUGGGAAGCCCGGGUGAUGGUGCCAGGAUCCAGAACCUGCUAUGGGGCCCUGGUGUCUGAAAGCUGGGUCUUGGCGCCGGCCAGCUGCUUUCCUGACCCGGUCAGCGCGGACGGCCGGCCCCGAGACCUGGACGAGUGGCGCGUGCUGCUGCCUUCGCGCCCGCGCGCGGAGCAGGUGGCGCGCUUGGUGCGGCACAAGAACUCCUCGUGGGACGACGCCUCGGACCUGGCGCUGCUGCAGCUGCGCGCGCCCGUGGACCUGAGCGCGGCCCCGCGACCAGUGUGCCUGCCCUACCAGGAACACUAUUUCCUGCCCGGGAGCCGCUGCCGCCUGGCUCGCUGGGGCCGCGGAGGACCGGCGCCCGGCCCCAACACGAUGCUCGAGGCGGAGCUGUUGGACGGCUGGUGGUGUCACUGCCUGCACGGCGACCAGGGCGCGCCGGUGCCGCGGCCGGGAGACCCUCCGCGGGCGCUCUGCCCCGCCUACCAGGAGGAGGAGGCGGGCGGCUGCUGGAACAACUCGCGCUGGAGCCUUCUGUGCCGGGAGGAGGGGACCUGGUUCCUAGCUGGAAUCAGCGAUUCUUCCAGUGGCUGCCUACGCCCCAGGGCCUUCUCCCCCCUGCAAACCCACGGCCUGUGGAUCAGCCAUGUGACUCGGGGAGCAUACCUAGAGGACCAGCUGGCCUGGGACUGGGGUCCUGAGUGGGAGAAGAUUGAAACACAGACUUGUCCCCCCCCCACAGAGCAGGGUGCCUGUGGCCUGAGGCCAGAGCCUGCUCCCGUGGGGGUCCUGUGGCCCUGGCUGGCAGAGGUGCAUGUGGCUGGUGAUCGAGUCUGCACUGGGAUCCUCGUGGCCCCAGCCUGGGUCCUGGCAGCCACUCACUGUGUCCUCAGGCUGGGCUCUACAGCAAUACCUUAUAUUGAAGUGUACCUGGGCCGGGCAGGGGCCAGCCCCCUCCCACAGGGCCACCAGGUAUCACGGUCAGUCGUCAACAUUCGCCUGCCCCGACACCGGGGAUUUCAGCCCCCCCUGGUUCUCCUGGAGCUUAGCUCUCGGGUGGAGCCCUCCCCAUCAGCCUUGCCAAUCUGUCUUCACCCAGGGGGUAUCCCCCCGGAGACCAGCUGCUGGGUGCUGAGCUGGAAGAACCCCCAUGACCGAGUCCCGGUGGCUGCUGCUGUCUCCAUAUUGACACCACAACUCUGUCACUGCCUCUAUCAGGGCAUUACACCCCCUGGGACUCUCUGUGUCCUGUAUGCAGAGGGGCAGGAGGACAGAUGUGAGGUGACCUCAGCACCUCCCCUCCUGUGCCAGACUAGUGGGGGCUCCUGGGCCCUCAUGGGCAUGGCUGUUCGAGGGAGCCAAGAGCUGUUUGCCGCCAUUGGCCCUGAAGAGGCCUGGAUCUCCCAGACAGUGGGGGAGGCCCAUUUCCUGCCCCACAGUGACUUCUCCCACUGGUCCCCUGAAGGCAGCGACCUCUGCCCCCCGGACCUGGCAAGAGCCUCCUCAGGCUCCCCACAGGUUGCUCUGUUCCUGCUGCUUCUGACUCCCCUGAUCCUGUACUGAGGAUUUACCCUCUUCUCCUCCUCCAGUCCUCCACUUCCCGCCCAGUGGAGUUGGAAUGUGGCCCAACCGGCUCUCUCCUUCCGUGCUGGAACCUGGAGAGCACUCCACCCACUUAGAAGGCAGCCGCUUUGGGUAAUUGGGCCUCUGGGCCCUACUAUUCUGGGCCCUGGAAUCCUUGGGGGCAGCGAGAGGAACAGACAAUAAAUGGUAAA